AUGGUCGUACUGAACCCUCGGAUACUUGUAACAAGUGGAGAAUCAGCUAACAUCCAUCUACAGCCAACGAUUCCUCUUGGAUGCCGACGUCCUGACGCUUUACCGGCAUUCCGACAAGAAUCUUGCAGUGUUGACAUUGAAAUGUUUGAUCCUAAUUCCAAAUAUUCGUGCAAGGACACAUCUGUGACUUCUAUAAGUAAUCAGAAACUAUGUGGAAGCAGUCUAACGGGAUGGAGAAACACCACUUCUCAAGCCUGUAUGCACCGGCACAAUGUUUACCAGUGUAGUUACACUCAAAUAAAAUCACAUCUCCGUUCCCAGACGAUUCGUAUAGCUGUAACAAACGAUCGAUUGCAAUAUCCGGAUGAUAAAACAUUUACUUUGCAGCUUAGAACAGGAAACCUUGCUCCCCAUACGUUCUGGCAGAGUGCGCGACUAGAUGAUGUGACGAUAAUAUAUACAGGAGGAAGUCGAAAUCUUGAAUGGAGAAGAAAGUCCUGUCAUGUCCAAAAUGAUCCACAUUUGUGCAGUUUUGACGGAGGGUAUACAUACAUGUCGGAAUUUGGUCAUUAUCUUCUGUAUAAUAAUACGAAGUACUCAACAGAUGUUCAGAUAAAAACACAGCCCUGUGAUGCGGAUGGCACCAGCGCUUCAUGCACAUGUGCAGUUGCAAUCCAGGCUGGUGGGGAUGUUUUCCUGAUGGACAUCUGUGAUAAAAUUAAACGUGCAUCGUUCAUUCACUGUCGAUCAAACAAGCUUAAUGCAAUCGAAAAGACGACAAAUACAGAUUAUGAGAUAUAUCUUCCUACUGGCACGAAAGUUGAGGUUCAUAUGAAACAUUAUAGUCAAUCGGACUUUCUUAACGUGUAUAUUUAUCCGUCUCCGUCUGAUGUACGUAAUACCGAAGGAUUAUGUGGAAAUUUAACCGGACAGCGUGACGAGACUUUAAACAGUAUAUAUAUUUCAAAAUGGCGGUUGCAACAUAGUUUGUUUAACACAGUGAGAUAUGACCAUCCGUCAACUUGGACAUACGAUUAUAAUGUCUGCAUUUGUCCCCGAGCUAUUCCAGGAGCAACUGUACCUACUUCAAAUUCCAACGGAGAUAAAGAUUCUAGCGCAUCUUGUUUUUCUCAGCAAUAUGCAACAUGUACAGAAAGCACCAACCUUCAGGGUGAGAGAAAGGUCUGCACAAUACGUAAUAAGAGAUCUACAGAACGACAUCGAAGAAAUAUUGAAAGAUUGCAUGCACUGGCAGCAUCACAUAUAAGUAGUCAUGAUCGAAUGCGAAAGAGUACAACGAAUGUACAACUUACUGAGGCACAGGCAUACAAGGAAUGUCUAGAUGUAUUCAAAUCAAAACCUACAUAUAGUAUGGUUGGUGAUUUACCAAGCAGUGUUUCUCUGAAUGAAUCAUUAUCAUCUUGUGUGAACGAUAUGGUGGUUGAUGGGCGGGCGUUUUGGAAAGAAGAAAAUUAUAAUAGUUGGGUUUGUGUUAUUUCUCAAGAAAUCGGUCGAAAUGGAACAUUUAGAAGAGAAAAGGAAAACGUUGUCCGCAGAUUUAGAAGUGUUACAUGUCCGUCUCAAUGUCAUGGUAACGGCGACUGCGUGAAUGGAACAUGUAUCUGUAAGGAUGAUUAUGUUGGAGUUUCCUGCUUUGUAAAGAAGUCUGAUCCUCUAGAACUGACGGAUAUAGAAGGCGGUGGUGAAUGUGAUCUUGCAUAUGGCGAUGAUUGUCACGAAUGUCUUCAGUUUCAUACAGUGAACCUUCUUAAAGGCUUCAAAUGCAAAAUUGAUACGCAUGAUCUUGAUGAGAACGGAACAGUCGUCCAAUCGACUGAGCACAAACGCAACGGAGAAUAUGACAGUAUAUUUGACGGAUACUGCUGCCCUUCAGCUGCGGAAGAACGGCGGAAGAGAUCAACGGAACCUUCUGGUUUUACUGUGAGAUACUCUAUAUCAAUAAGUAACGAUGGUAUACACUUCGGACCGAGUAGGAAUGUCCAUGUGUUCGAUUCAACAUGUCAGACAUAUGUAGUGAUGGCAAACGGGGAAUGGAUGUUCAGCUUAAGG